GAAGUUUUCCCAUUUGGUCCCUCUCAGGUGAAGCUGAAGGGUAUCUUCCUUGCGUGUUGGAGCAGUUUUCCUUAAACUUUGCACCAGGUUAAAAUAUUCAAGCUUUGCCGUUUAAGAGGUAAUUUAUGGUCGUUUUCUGUACAAAUGUUACCGUCUUCCAAUGGCCCAAUAUGUUGGACUGCGAGGCCUGAUAGCCUGUGGCUUUGGACGAACCCCUCGUUCAGCUGUCCGACUUGGGUCAAUCUUCCCGCCACGGCGGAGCCCUAUUAUUCCAGGUCGAUGAACGGGUUCGUGGACUGUUCCGCCAUGUUGGUCCCACCUCCACCGUUGACCCCUGAUUCUGCUCGGACCGCGAGCCGAAAACUCAUCCUGCGCAGGUCUCUGUUAGAUUUGGUGCUCGCCCAUUACUUUAUGGCUUUAACGGACCGAGAACUGCUGCACUGGUACCUCUCCCUGCCUCUGGAGGACCGGAACAUCAUUCUGGGUGAAGGAGGGCUCCACCACUUCCUAGAGAGUCAUCCUAACUUGAAGCUGGAUAAGGGUUAUGUUUAUGUGAAGCAAGACUGCACACAGAACUUGCACAGGGUGAGUGGAUGCCAGUUUUUGCAUCCACCAAACCAGGACUCGGUAACACUCAGCCGAAGGACUGCUUCCACAACUCAGGAGCAGUCAUAUUGGUCGGCGGAAAGCAGCACGUUCGUAAAGCAGCAAGGAACUGACAGCAUGAAGAGCCCACAGAGUUCGGAUGAGAACGGCAUCUACCCGACGCACUUCCUGCAGGAUCCUUAUUCUGGCCCUGCAGGAGAAAACAUUUUGCUUGACGACAAGAAUACUGCAGGCAAAAAUAUGGGGACAAGACUAAGCUUUGAAGAUGAAAAGGAUAAAUUCCAGAGCCUCAUGGCGAAUGAGACGAGCGUGCUCAAUGCUGAGGCUCCUACUAACCCAGUCUCUGACAGCAGCAUCUCUCUAGCAGCUUGCUGUAAACCCCUUAAGGUGAAGACAACUGCAGAGAAAUGUACCUUGACAACUCCUUGUGCACCCACCUUUGAUGCUACAACUAACACCAAGGUGGUGAGGUGCUCAUCCAGUCAUACUCAAACUGAAGGUGUCAACACAACUGAGCAGCACACCGUGACUGAGGUUCAUAUGACUGAUCUGGACCGUCUCACUAAGGAGUUUAUCAAACUUAAGAUGCUUCAAAUAUCCAAGGAGCCAAAGGCAAAGAUCCAAAGUACCGGUCAGGGGACCCAGAAACAUGAAGGAGCUGAGGAUAGUGGACAUCCUGAUGAAGGCAAAAAGAGACACCAGGAAACAAAACCUGUCGAAGAGAGAAAUGAAGCGUGGAGAGAUGCUGCUCUUGUGCCCAAAGAGGAGAUUGCUAAGCAAAUCUCCUGUGAUGAGGUGGACCUUAGUGAGGUGUGGUAUGAUGCUGAGGAUGAACUGCAGCUCCCUGGACAAGCAGCAGCUGUAGAGAUCAGUCCAAAUUCAGACAUUGCUGAUGGCCAAAAUGCAGAACCUGUCAAUGAUGAGAGCAGCUACUCAGUACUCUAUGCAUCCAACCUGCCUAGUAAUGUGACCCAGCUAAUAGAUCAACCACUCUCCAGCAUCCAAAGAAGGAACGUUGUGUACAUCUUGCCCUCUCCAAAGGGAACCUGCGUCCCUCAGCACUUUGGCACCAUGGACAGCCUGGGCGCCCUGAUGGCCGAGCUGAUGCAACUCCACCCAGACAUUGGUUGGCAGAGAAUUAUGGACGCUCUGAUGGAGGCUAAGGGAACCCACCAAGGUGUCCUUGGCAGCCUGCCCCUCAGCACCAUCAGAGAUAUGAUCUCUGACCUGCUGACCAAAUCAGCUACUGUUACCCAGACAUGAUGAAAGAAGGUGCACCUCACUUUUUGUUGUUUUUGUUGGAAAGUGCCGUAUCUGCAGAAGCCAUUUCUUUUAAGAUUCACACAGUGAAUCUUCAGUUAAAAUAGGUUCAAAGAUAUUGUUAGGCUCUUAUGUUGUUCCUCCUAAAUAAAGGCACAUCCAUGAA